AUGCCUUCAUCAAAUGAUCCUUUCUUACGCCUGCCGCCCGAACUGCUCGUCUGCAUAAUGACCUACUUGCCCAGUUUCGAAGACAUUGGACGAGUCGCCCAAGCGUCCGUCCACAUGAACAAGGUGUGGCACGCGAAUGUCCUCACGAUCUUUCGUGUUAUAGGCCCUACGGCACUUGGAUCAGCACAUCCCCCGCAUCAGCUUCUGACCGACCAGAACGGCGCCCAAGACUUGAUCCCCAAUCCAAUCGACGCCGAGGCUGUUGGACUUAUGACGACACUAUGUUCAGAUUUUGCUUCUACCCGGAGAUAUGCCCCAGGUCCGCCCCUCGCGCGCAAAGUUGCUUCUCUCACUGCUCCCCCGCCGAAUGUCGUCUACCAAGCCUGGAGUCUGAACCUCGUCGACCGGGAGGAGCGCAAGAGCCGCUACGAGAGCAUGAGUCUGCAAGCUUUGUGCGCAGGAGCUGAUGUCUUGUCCUCUUUCCAGGGCAUCCUCGCCAACCUGCUCCAGUGCACGAAUGUGAUUAUAUUUGCUCAUUGUCCCGUCGGAUCUAGCAUCAGUUCUUCGGCAUCCGAGGUGAACGCGGCGGUCAAGGAUCGAUUUCUCCGGGUGCAUCGGGAAAUGGUGCAGAGGUGGCAUCUUCGCGAACCUAAGUUUGUGUACAAGCUCCAGAUCCAGUUCUGGGAGCUGCGUGAGACGUGGAAGGGGAAGAGCCAGGUGACCUUUCGCGAGCUGGUCACCCAGGGCCAGUAUUACGCCGGGGAGGGGAUGCCGAAUCCAGCCACCCGAGAACGCCUGUGGGAGGAUGAGGAUGUGUAGGGCUUGGACUUCUCAUGGGUUGCGUAUUCUUUCUGGGCGGCAAUAAGACAGGGGCUUUGGGGAUGUGGUGUCGAGGUUUACUCAUCUGUUUCUUUUGUGUGUGCUACUUGGGAAAAUUUG